AUGCAGCCAAACGAACUCGACGAGAGCGAACUGGAGCCGCUGGUGGACGCCAUCGACACCGCGUUUGUGGAUGCGCUCGGCAUGCCACGUGACGAUGCGUACUCGCAGCUGGUCGAUGCGCUGCUCUCACACCACCACCCCUCGCUCUAUCGCCACGUCUGGGAGCGGCAGAAGGCGAGGAAUUGCGCUGCACUCGCGGAGCCGCAGGCAGUGGUUGACGCCGUCGUGCAUGCAAGCAACGAUCCGUCCCAUUUCUGGCAGGCGCUGUACCUGCACAGCCUCACAUCGGGCCAGCUCGUCACAGAGACACUUGCGGAGGCGGCUGCACACUGCGUGCACACGCGCAACUUUGACGGCCUUGCUGCGCUGGCGGCGUUACCGGCGACCGCCCCAAUCAUGUCGCGUGUGCUGCUGUGGAUAUGGCCGCUCUGCGCACACGAUGCAACGCUCGCCUCUCGUGUUCGCGCCAUCCUUCUCUCGAGCGAAGAAGCGCGUACUCGUGGCGAUGCUGGUCGUGGUAAAGGUGGCGGUGAUGUUGGUGAUGAUGAUGAUGGUGGGGAUGGUGGUACAGGAGCGCAUCAGGACACAAGUGACGGUGGUGACAAACGCAUGGAUGUUCCCGAGCAUCAUGAUCACAGCGACGCCACAGCGACAUCCGCCCCCGAUGCUGUUGCUUCGUUGAACGACCCAACCUCGUUGGAUUACUUUGACCACAUGUCAGCAUACCAAGUUGCCUUUGCUGAUUUGCUGGAGCGACACGGUAUUCCUGAUCCACACAACCAGCCGUCAUCACCAGACACGCAGCCGCUCUUCACAAACGUCAGCGAGCACCUUAACCAUGCAUCGAAUCGCCUCAAUCUCCGCAAUCCGUCCACCACGGCAGCUCUGCAGUCGCUGCUUGUGCGCCAGCCCGUGAGCACAUCUACGGACCACGCCGUGCACGUGCGCGACAUGAACAUCCUCAACUGCGUGCUGGCCAUCAAAGCCGCGAGGGACGGCGUUGUUGCGCUCGGUGAAACAGCGGCAGGAGCAGAAGAAGCAGCAGCGACACGAAGUUCUGCACCACGUCACGGUGCUGACGACGGUGAUGGUAACGGCAGUCACGGCGUUGAUGAUGAUGGCGAGCAACAGCAGGGGAUUGCAGCAAGCGUUGGUGAUGGUGGUGGUGUAGACGAGGAACUGACCCGCCCCUCUGCCACAUCUGCUGCCACUGCGGCCAAGGACGCGUUUCUGCGACACCUGGACCGCAUCUCGUACCGCCCGCUCGCUGUUGCGUCGCUCGAAGCCGCGUUCUCGCUCGUCUUUGCAACGGCCGACGAUUUCACACAGGACGACUGCCCAGCAUGGCUGAAAAGCGCAGUCGAGAAAAAACAACAGCAACAGCAACAACAACAGCAACAACAGCAGCAGCAGCAGCAUGUACGCGCAUCUCGCGGUCACGGUGCUGUUGACGGAGGCAAUGGUGGUGAUGAUGGUGAUGGUGGUGAUGUUGGUGGUGAGCACGUGGCAACAACGGCGCCUGCAUCAUCUGACCAACAAGGAGUCCACCAAGGCGAAGAGCAACCCCACCAGUCACAACAGUCGCAUCAGUCACAUCAGUCCCAGCAGUCACAUCAGUCGCAGCAGUCACAGCAGUCCCAUCAGUCGCAGCAGCAACAGCAAGGGGACAGCGUGUCGUCAUCGCCGCCUUCGCCCGUGUUUGUGUGCAGCGCCGGUGCUGUUGAGUUUCUGUGCGAGAUUGUCAAGGCGGGACUGGACUGCCUGCAACGACGCGACGAGGAAGAAGAGCAAGCGAACGAUGCAAAACACCCAGGCGAAGCAACAGCAUUCAGCCCUCAAGCAGAGGAGACAGCAGCCGCAACAACAGCAGCAGCAGAAACAACAACGACAACAGCGGAGGAUGGUACAACGCAAGCAGAAGCGACAGGUGCUGCUGCAGUUGAUGGGGAGGACAGUACCGCGCCCACCACGGGUUUGCAAGAGCAGCAGCGUGCUCAUGGGUGGAAGCUGUGUCCUGGCGAUGACACGGCAAGUGCAUUGGCGGCCGAGAUGCUGGCUGGCGUGUGCGCACUGCCUGCCGCUGCUUACCACGCACGCAAGGCGGCACUGAAGCGACGUCUGGAGGAAACAACAUGGCGCGUCUCCCUGCUGACACGCACGCGCGGGCUGAGCGCCACCAACGCGCUGUUGAACGCGGCCGACGGCGGUGCUGGAGUGGAUCUGACGCUGCGGUUCCUGCUGGCUGCGCCCUCCUCGUUGCUCGUCACCUGUCUCAAGGCAGGCGAGUUCUCCCAGGCAGAGGCCGUGAUCCAGCUGUACUCGCUCACGGGCCAGCUGGCUUCGGAUGCCGUGUUUGCGCAGGAGUUGGCAGAUGUUGCCGCUGCGCUGGCACUGCACCGCGGUGUUGAACGGCGACUGGACUCGCUGCUCGCCAAACUGCCGCCGGCACUCGGCGUGCGCACGCUGGUUGACCUUGUGCUCACGUCCGCCACGCGCGCGGAGGAGUGCAGGAUGCUGCUGGCAAGGGCGCGCCAACUCCUGGCGGCGGCAGCGGACGGGCAGAACGAUGACGGCGCCAGCAGCGAUGCACCAGCAGCUGCCGUCAAUGGAGAGGGGGGCGACGAAGACACCAGUGGUGCUGAUGGUGCUGAUGCUGUGGACGGGGGCGAUGCUGCGCAUGUGACUGCAACCACAGACGCUGCAACCACAGAUACAGACACCACAAUCACCACAGACACCACCACCACCACAGCCACCCCAGACACAACCACCACCACCACCACUACGGCCAGCUCCAGCGAUAGCAGUGGAAAUGGUGGCAACAGUUUGGCCGUGUUUCAGGAGUUGCUGGACCGGUUGGAGAAGAUGGUGUCGGCACACAGCGCUGCGGCACAAGCAGUCAUCUGCCAGGAGACCAACCCAUUCAGCACGGAUGAAACCCUCGCUCGCAAGAUGCGAUAUCAGCACUUGCGCGAUGCGCUUGCUGUCAUGCAGCGGGCACUGCGAGCAGAGGCGAAUGCAGCAGCAGCAGCAGCAGCAGCAGCGCCAGAGCAGCAAGCGUGGACUAGUGCACACGCAUCACAACAGCAACAGCAACAACAGCAGCAACAGCAGCAGCAACAGCGGCGGCAACAAGAGCAGCAGGAAGAGGCUGAGGCCGAGGUGGCAGCAGCGGUGACAGAUGUGCAGCACGCCCUGCAGGACUGCUGUGCGCUGCCCAACAGCGUGCCGUACUUGUCCACGCUCUUGCAGCAGUUUCAAGCGCUGUCACAGGCCGUGCGCACCGCCUUCCCCGCCCACGCGCCCACGUUUGGCGUGUCACAAGUGCUGACUCAGCAUCCAACCCGCCUCAUCUGCGCAUGCGUGCUGCACCCCGACACGCGGCUCUCUGUGCAAGAGGCGCAUCACCUGUGCAACACGCUCCGGCUUGACUUGCCUUACCUCCUCAUUCGUGAGCUCACGUCCCAGCUGCCCAUUGGCGCGCCUUCCUCACACCAAGCAAUAGCUGGUAGCUCCAAGACAGCCAGUGGCGCCUCAAGCGCAUCGUCCCGCAACGCAACUGCGUCAGCAGCCGUGCCCACGGUGUCUGCUCACACGGUUGCCUGCAAGCAAUUUGGCCUGUCCACGUGCCGUGCCCUCGUCCGUGCAGGCUCAAGUCCGCUCAACACCAUCACCAGCAGCAGCAGCAGCAGCAGCAGCACUGCUCGUGGUGGCGAGCAGCACGGUGACAGUGGCGGUGACAGUGGCGAUGACAGCGUGGGCAGAAGUGACGAUGAUGACAAUGGCGAUGAAUCAAGCGUGGCUGCGUCGCUGCCGCUGGGCCGUCACGUGUCUGAUGACACUGACGACCCGCGUAACGCGUGCAUCCUCUCGCAUGACCUCUUGCGCACGCUGCUGCUGCUGGUGGAGCGGUGCAGUCGCGAUUUCAACGGCUGUGACGACGGCGACGACACCACCAACAAUCCGUUUGCAAGCAGCUUUGCCUCAUACACUGGCGGUCUCCUGUCGACACCAAGUGGCAUGGAUGGCAGUGGUGGCAGCGGUGGCAGCGUUGGUGCCCGUGGUGCUGGCUCGGUGUUUCCGCCAUCGCCGACCGAGGAGGCCGUGUACCGUGCCCGCAGCACGACGUGGGCGCGCGCCGCUGCUGAGGACCCGAUACCACCGGCAGCCGUGUUCUCCACAGCGUUUCGCCAAUACGUGUGCGCAUGUGCAGAGUACAGGCAGUGGCGGGUGGAUGUGCGUGCGCUUGCGCGCGUGGACUUCUCGCCCCUCUCAGCGGCGGAGCAGCGGUGUGCGUUUAUCAACCUGAUCAACAUGCUGCAGCUGCACGCGUGCGUUGAGGUGCAGCCCCCGCACGGCCUUGUGGACAGGCUGGAGUGGGCCAACACCAUUGGCUACAAGCUUGGCUCCCUCGGCACCGUGUCCCUGGCAGACCUGGAGAACGUGUUCUUCCACUCGAACCAGCCGCGUCCACGGCUGCUCGGGCUGCUGCAAGACAUGCAUCCUGUCCACAUCCCAGCCAACCAUCCGCUCGCCGAACACGUGCUGCGGCCAGUCAGCCCCGAGCUCCACUACCUGCUGUGGCGUGCACAGCUGUCGUCGCCGUCCCCGGUUGCAGUGCUGCCCAAGUCCCUGCAGACGGCGGUGGGCAACAUGCGUACGCAAUUCCACCUGCGCAGCCUGCACCCUGCCCCCGCUGCGGCCGCACUCACCCUCUCGCCCUACUUUGGCCUCUACUCCCGUGAUCUCGGCCUCAACCUGGACAUGCCUCUCUCGGCCUGGCGCGCGGGAACACUGCACCACCUCCCCACCGCAGGCGCCACGGAUACCACCAUCGAUGCCGGUGAUGGCGGUGGGAGUGGCCGAAGCAGUGCACGUCGAGACGUGUCUGACACGUCACAUACGUCGCACGCUGCCACUGCUGCGAAUGGUGGGGCAACUACCGACGAGGAGGAAAGGGCAAACACAAAGGCAGGGCGGGAGCUGGCGCAGUUGGUUGAGUACUGCACGGAGCCGCUGCCAAAGAACCUGAGGGACGCGCGCAGCGUUCGCGAGGCCACGUCUCUGCGCAUCACCCGCUACCACUUUGAGCCUGCGUGUGUAUUCCACUUUGGAGCCAUCAACGUGCAGCACGGCGCCAACGACGCCGCGAUUGUGCCCGAGCUGAAGGCGCUCCUGGGCGAGGGAUCAGCACACACGGCUACAACGACGACCGCCACCCAUGCUGCUGCGGUUGAUGCGGAGCAGCGGCUGGUGAACCAGCACCUGCGCGCUGGACAGGGCCUGCCUGACGACGUGCUGGAAUACCUGCAGCAGUCGGAGACAACCAUGUUUGAUGUUGCUGUUGUCUUUUCCGAGUUUGUGGGCCUGCUUGCCUCCAACCGUGGCACUGCCCCACAGCAGACAGUCACACAGCAGGAGGGCGGCAGGCGGCGCAACCGACCAGGCAGCACCAGCAGCUUCAUGUCGUCGCAGCACCAGCAGGGCAACCAGGCGCCACACACCCCAACAAAGCACACCUCGGAUGAUGCCUCUGCUGUUCUCGAGUCCACGCCAUCCAGCCCGUUCCUCGCCGUGCCUGCACGCACGCCGUCCCGCGCAGCAGGUGCAGCAAGUACGUUGCUCUCGUCCGUGUCGCCCGUUGGGUCACCUCACACAACACGCCGCAGCGGCAGCACCAUCGGUGGUGUUGCGUCUGCUGUUCGAGGCGGUCGCACGAGCUCCAUCUCGUCGUUUGUGUCGACAACAACAACAGCGACAGAGGCGGUGUCUCUGCUCUCCGCCGACGCCCGCCCGCGCGGCCUGUUUGUUGAGUUUGAGCGGUACUGCGCGCUGUGCAGGACCGGGCCCGUGCUGGCGCUGGUGAAGCAGCGGCUGCGGCCGUUCCACCGCCUGUCGUCGCUUGCACAGCGCAUCGCCGAGGACGUGUGCUUCUCGCUCGAUGGCGCGCCACCCCCAGCAGGCGCCAGUGAUGGUGAUGCACAGGGGGGCGCUGUGGCCGGUGGCGAGGAAGCCGCCGUUGAAAGGGCCACUACCACCACCGCCACCAUUCGAGACGGUGAACGGAACAGCAACAACGGCUCACGUGGUGGUGGUGGUGGUGAUGCACAUGAUGGUGCAAGCAGCGACACUCCCUCCCAACAGCAAGAACAGUCCCAGGCAGCGGUAGCAGCAACACUGGUGGAGCCUCGCCCACGCCUGCUGCAGGCGUUUCUGCUGGACACGGAGGCCAACCCCGCACGAUCCUAUGCUGUGCAUCGACUUGUGGAGCGGUGGGUUGAGGCCGGUCUGUACAUGGACGCGUACAUCUUCUACUCGGCGACAGAGGGCACCACUGCGCCCAUCACGCACGACCGCCUGCUGGAGGCGUACAUUCGCUUUGACAAGCAGGCGCAGUACCAGCUGCCCGACUAUGUGCGCCGGUUCCAGAACAAGGUGCUGGGUGCCCAGGUGCUGCUGGAGCACUUGCACGUGCUGUCGAUGAAGGAUACGCUUGACCUGCUCCACCUCUUCCAUGAGCACCUGUCUGAACUGGCCAGCAGCGUGGAGCGCGUUGAUGCCGCCAUUGUGUCGUGCACACAUGCACUGCACGUGCAGCAGCUGCGGGCAACGGCAGCUACCAUCAGUCGCCGCCUUGACCAGAUGCGCUCCUUGCAGAAGAUUAUGGUGGCGUGCGAGGAUCUCUUGCCCUCGUGGCAGUCGCUUGUCCGCGUUGCAGCGCAGAGCCGUGUUGCUCGCGACGUGGCUGCAGGCAGUGACGGUGGCGGCAUGUGUGCGGGCGCGGGUGCCACGGACCGGUGCCUUGCCAAGUGUGGGUAUGUGCCCGUGGCCACGUGCGAUGCCCGUGACUGCUUGAGUGUGGGCGACACGACGUCCACCUUCGCCCGUGUGGGUGCUGGACGCAAGGGCCUACAGGCCUUGCCUGGCACAGGGAAGCGGGGAGCGAGUGCGUGCGGUCCCGGGAUCGGCAGUGAAGAUGCUGGUGUGGGCGCGAGCGAGCGCGAGUCGAUGGAUGACCUGCAGAACCUGAUUCUCUCCACGCUGUUGAAACGGCACGAGUUGGCGCUGGCGAAGGAGUGGGCAAAGAUGCACGACAAGGACCAGAAGGUGGUGUGGAUGGGCCACAUUGACAACAUGCUGCAGCAAGGGCAGGUUGAGCGCGCCAAGGAUGAGCUGGGCGGGCUGCCGGCUGCUGUUGCACUGGAGACGAGCUACGCCCUCCUGAGGAAGAUGUUGCUGGAUCGAAUCGACAAGCACCACCACGACCGCCGCCACCGCCAACACCAACAGCAGCAAGUGGCGGGUCAGCGGUCCCAGUCGCGGUCCUCUGGUGCAGCGUCCACGUCAGCGGCCGGCAGCGUGGUGUCGAGUUCGUGGCGCUCGGGCACGACACAUGAGGGCUACGCGUCGUCGUCAGUUGUCUCCUCAUCACGCGCCAACGGCACCUCUGGUGUGUCCACAAGCGUGGGCAUAUUCACAGCACCACACGGCAGCGGCAGCGGCAGUGGUGGUGGCGGUGGUGGCACACGCACGCACUCGUCGGCUGCCUCGGGUGUAUCCAUGUCGUCCACGACGGCAGCAAGUGAGAGGCGAUCGGGCGCUGGCAGUCGGGGCACAAGCAGCGGCGUGCACUCUGUUGCGCCUUCAAGUGUCCACGUCCACGGCGGGCAAGGCGCCCAAGGAGAUCAAGGCAAUGAAGGUGCAGGCAAUGGAAAUGACGGCAAUGGAACGAAGCGGAGGCUGUUUGGGCGGUUGCGCAGGCUGGGCAGACGCAAGGGCAGAGGAGGAGGAGGAGGAGGCAAUGGUAUCGAUGAGAGUGAUGUGCAUGGGGACGAAGGCGAAGGCACUGGCAGUGACAGUCCCGGUGUUGCAAGUGAGGUUCAGCAGGGUGUCCCAAGCGAUGGAGAGUGGGUGCGUGUGGAGCAAGAGGAAGGCCGGCUGGUUCGCGCGCCAUAUCUCAAAGGCCUGCUGAUGCUGUGCGAUUUCCUACUUGAGAACGCGCCCACAUCGACACCAAAGAAGAAGAAGAAAGCAGCGAAAACGGCGACAGACACGGCUGCAGCACCGACUGCAACGCGUGAGGGCGCCCCACACAAUGGUGUGGAGUCGACCGCGUCUCCUUCCAGAGUGCAGAGCGACAAGAAGACCCACAGCACCGCAGCAGCAAAGGGAGCAAAAAAGAUAGCGCCCGGCAAAUCGUCCACGUUGCGCUCCACGCCCCCAUCACCGCCAUCGUCGUCGUCAGCAGCAGCAGCAGGUGGUGGUGGCGAGAGCGUUGAUUUGGCGCGGGUGCGUGAGAGCCGGGUUGUGCUGACAAUCUUGGUGACGGUGCCCAUGCGUCUGCGCGCAUGCCUGCUGCCACUCACUGCCUCUGCGCCGCGCAUGGUGGAGCAGCUGCUUGUGCUGAGCGAGACGCGCGUCGUCGCCACGGUGCUGGGUGCACUUGACAGCAAGGCGCGUGCGCUGGCGCUGAGCAUGGACGGUCGAGAUGACCUCAAGUACAACCUGCCGUGCAUGCCUGCGGAGGAGGUGGAUGCGUGGGAGUCGUCGUCGUUUGCAUCGCACAGCGGCGUGAGCACAAGCAGCAUCGCCACACCCGCUCGCAGCACAAGCAGUGGCGCUGUUCGCGACAGACGCACCCCACAACAACAACAACAGCAGCAGCAACAGCUGUCGCAGUCACAGCAGCCAUCGCAGUCUGGCAAGAAGGGGCGAGCGCGCAAAGAGCCCCAGGUGACCAUCUACGGCAUGCCGCCGGCACCGACGGAGACAGCAGACGCAGCGCCCGCAGGGCCCUCUCCUCGGCAGCAGCGCAUUGAUCGCGCUGUUGCGUCGUGUGAUCUGCUGCUGUACUACGCACGCAAGGCGAUGAGCGUGGGGGAGACCAGCACUGCGCUGCUUGGGAUGGAGCGGCUUGCGCCCGAUGUGGCGAGUGCAGGCGACGGCUCUAGCCAGGCCACCAUUACGCCGUCGACACCGGCCUGGGGGCGUGGCAGCGGCGGCGGUGCUUUUGGUGGAGGACGUGUUGUGGAGGAAGAAGAGGAAGAGGAAGAAGAGGAAGGCGGGUUUGAUACGGACACUGAAGGGUUUGAGGUUGUGCGCCGGGGCAGAGUCGAUGAAGCUGGCCAGAGCAUGUAUGCCGACGAGUAUGGGCACAUGAUGGUGACGUUGGACGAGCGGGUGCGCGUUGCGUUGGAGACACGCGAGCAAAUCGUGCGGCGACGGCGGUUUGAGUACAUGCCCCACCCGGACUUUGUGCUGUGCUCGAUGCUGCUGGACAUGCACCCUGACGCGGCCAAGACGGCGCAGUUCUGCCUUGAUCUUGCCCACGACCUGUCGACGCUGCUUGUGCGCGGGCUUCGCGUCGACCUGUACUCGCUCACCACCUCCAUCUACCAGCUGCUGUACAUGGCGCGCGUCAAGUUCAACAAGGUCAACGACGUGGAGCGGGACGCCGUGUCGCAGGUGCUGCUGCGCCGCGCGGAGCUGCUUCGCUUCCUGGUGGCCAGCAACGUGCAUCGCCGCUUCCUGCUCUCGCUUGACGCGUUGGCGCGGCCGGAGUGUGUGCGCAGGCUGCAGCUGCGCCUUCUCAAGCAGAAGAUGUUCAGUCUCGCGUGCAGGGUUGCACUCAAGUGCCAGGUGGACGACACGGAUGCGCUGAUGCAGUGGGGCAUUGAGCUCCUGCGCGUGCGGUCGUACGACGAAGCGCGCGAAAAGCUCGAUAGCGCAUUACGCAAGACAACACGGAAGCCCAAACACUUGACGGACAUCUUGCGUCAUCUUGAGCAGGCGCCCACGCUUGAGAUCCAGCCGCCGGGCGACGACAGCGGGGACUUGGCGUUUAUGUGUCAAAACCUGCGACAACUCGCACAGACAGCAGCAGCGCAGCGCAACCGCGGGGGCGAUGUGGGUGGUGGUGGUGGUCGGAGACAACGCAAGGCGACAAGCAGCAGCAACGGCAACAGCAAAAACAGUCGUGGCGGUGGUGGGGUGACACGCUUACCGGCUGAUGCUGAGGGCCCGCUGGCUCUUCGUGCAGAGACACACGGGCGUGUGAGCAUGACGAGUCACUUGAGCAGGCAGCAGCUGCUGCUGGCGCGCCACCUGUGCACGCAGGCGUGCAACUGCCCCGACAAGCUGCUUGAGUUUUACGUGAAGCACGGGCUGUACGAUGCGGCGGUGCGGAUGGUGCUGCAUGAGCGGCUCGACCCGUCCCUCUUCCACGAGUUUGUGCUGUAUCCCGUGCUGUCGACACGGCGCCUGGCCGGGACGGUUGGGUUUGAAGAGUGCGCGACCGACCUCGACGCGCUGCUGCAGUGCAUGGAGCUUGAGGCUGCGCCCCGGACGAAACACGGCCUGGCGAAGACGGAGGGGCGGCGGCGGUGGUUGCCAUAUGUCCGCGUGUCCUGUCACCGGCUGCAGGAUAGGCUGCAGGUGAUGUACAAGUUGCAGCUGUUUGCGGACGACCACGUGAGCGCGGUGUCGACGUGCGUGGGUUUUGCCACGCAGGCCGGGCUGAGCAUGCACCAGCGCACGCAGUGGUACGAGCAAGCGGAGAAGCACCUGGAGGUGGUGGUGUCUGUGGACAAGGCGGCGUUAUCUGCACCGCCACCGCCAUCGCCGACGCGCUCGCGCACUUCCGGCGGAACCAUGUCCAGCAGCAGCGUGGCUUCAGCCGGCAGCGGCAGCAGUGUUGGCGGUGUUGGCAGCACGACUGCGCGCACUGCUGGACUGAGCCAUCCUGGGACGGCACGGUCGCGGGAGGAGGUGACGCUACUGCAGGCGAAGGUGCAGUGGCAGCGGCUGGCGGCGACGGUGUUCAACGAGCACAUGCAGGCCAUCCGAGACAGCGGGGAGGGCCGGAUGGAGGACGUGGAGAAGCUCAUGCAGCUGAACGUGUUCAAGUCUGUGGCGAUGGCGCGGCAGCUUGCCAUUGAGCUGCUGUGUCGCUCCACCGCGAGCACAGGCGUCAUCUUCAAGAACGUCCUGUCCAUGAUCCGACACCUCAAGCUCGGCAUGUGGGAGGUGUUUUCCAGCACAUGCAACCGUCUCGCCUCCGAAGCAGAGACUGCGCGGCUGAAGGAGCUGUUGGACCGGAUGAAAGGCGUGAUGACGGAUACGAGUGCGCUUGACAAGCUGCUGCGCCUGUGCGCGACGGUGUAUCUGAAGCGGCACAACUCGCAGGGUACGGCGCAUUUCUUCGUGAACCGCAUGUUCUCGGACAACUUCAAGGUGACGACGCUGCUUGAGCUGGACAUGGCGCGACAGGCGUACAAGGCGGCGAUUGAGAGCGCGGACAAGGUGACGAAUGUGCGGCGCGUGCUUGCUGCUGCCCUGGCCCUCAACAAGAACGCCACCAUCACCCGCUGCCAGACGUGGCUCAAGAACCAUGCACCAGCAGAGUAGUGUGUGUGUUGUGUGUGUGAUAGUGUGUGAUAGUGU